CAACUGUCUUGAAUUAUGCCGGGUAUACAUCUACUGAGAUUGUACAGGCGGUUGUUUACAUUUGAACAAGCAGUCAUCCCCCCCUCCACCCCCGCCCUUAAAAUGUUCUUUCCGUAAGGCGAGAUUCCUUUGGUAGGGAGUUUGGCAUCGACGCAGGACCAAAUAUUUAGAAAAUCUUGAAGAAAUUAAAUUUGUUUUUGCGGAUUGGAGUAGUUCAGCGACAUGUUAUUGCUUGUUUCAGGAUUGCCAGGUACACAUGAACAGAAAAUGACCAGUGAUAACGAAAAUAACCGACUAAGUUUGGAUUUGCUCCAGAAUUAUUCGAUUAAUGCACUUUUGAAUCAGAAUGGUACUUGGAACGGACAAGGCGGCGAUACAAGGUCUAUUUCGGAUUUACUGGGUUUGAAUUCGCCCCGUGGUCAAUUGAGCUUUGGCUCUACCGAUCCGUUGAAUGUCUGCACCCCUCCCGCGAGUCCCCAGAAUAUGCAGGGCAAUUUUGAUGAUGCCAGACUGUUUUCCGAGACUGUGUCGGGCUAUGGGGGCACGAACAAGUCGAUGAAGAGCUAUCAGAGAAACAUUUCAUUGGGCAGUGCGGGCUCCAGCCCAGCCAGUCCACCUUAUUUAUCCCGAAACUUUAGAAGCAUCUCUUACAGUGAAUCAUGUGGAAGCAACAGUCCCGCACUAUUCGACCAUCCAAUUCUGGGUCGUAACUAUUCACGGUCGGAUUCCGGCGAUGUUGGCCUAGCUAGUGGCCGGAGUAACUUGGAAACAUCUGCAUCUGAUCUGCUGGCUUCUCUGACAUUAAACGAGACUGCACCGAAAACGAACAUCGAUGGGGACAUUUCAAAUUUGCAGAAUUUGCCAGCAAUUCACGCCCUCAAGUAUUUGCAGCAGCAGCCUCCUUUUAUCAAUCCACUUUUACCUCAAGCAGCUAAUAAUAUUGAUUUGGCCGACAAAUGGACUGGAUCGUCUUCUUAUUUAAACUCAUUGCCCGAAAAUUGUCAGUUGGAUCGAGCGGCACGUUUCCAUCGCUCUGCUGCACUGUUAUACGAUGCUGUUUGUACCUGGAGCGGUGUGCUACCGCCCAGAACUGAUAAAGCGACCGGAUAUUCUAGCAAGGUGUUCCUAGGCGGGGUUCCCUGGGAUAUAUCAGAAGAUUGGCUUGUUCAAACAUUCAAGCAAUUUGGACCUGUUAAGGUAGAUUGGCCUGGAAAAGAUCGGCAAGCCUCACAACCAAAGGGACAUGCUUAUAUUAUUCUGGAAUCGGAGAAAGCUGUGAAAGCUUUAUUGCAAACCUGUUCUGCCAAUUUUUCAAACAGGGGCACAUUCUACUUCAAGCUUGGGUACAGGAGAAUAAAGUCUAAAGACGUUCAAGUUAUUCCCUGGUAUCUCAGUGACUCCAACUACACGAAAUCGGCCUCUCAGAAAUUGGACCCUAGCAAGACUGUGUUUGUCGGCGCUCUACAUGGUGUGCUUACCGCUCAAGGGCUUGCCGUAAUCAUGAACGAUUUAUUCGACGGGGUAGUAUAUGCUGGUAUCGAUACUGACAAGUAUAAAUAUCCGAUUGGAUCUGGUAGAGUGACAUUUAAUAAUUCCCGCUCUUAUUUGAAGGCGGUUUCUGCUGCCUUUAUAGAAAUUAAGACUCCUAAAUUUACCAAAAAGGUACAAGUAGACCCAUACCUUGAGGAUUCGCUAUGCUCGUUGUGCAGUGUCCAACAGGGCACGUACUUCUGUCGAGACAUAACCUGCUUCCGGUACUACUGUCGCUCUUGUUGGUCCUACCAGCACGGUCCCGAAUUGCGUCAUCACAACCCAAUGAGUCGCAACUCGAAAAACACCCAAUCGGUAGUUUUCAGACACAAUCCGUCCAAGCAUCAGACCAGCCGACAAUGGGAAGGCUAAUUCCUUGUUGCAUUCAGACUGAAAGCGAUACGAAAUUAGGUAUUCAGAUUUUUGCGUUCGUUGGUACCUGUGUAUGUUUAUGUGUUAAAUAAUUUCGAAGUUGCGUUACCGAAAAAUCGUCCAUUCGACGUUCAGUCGUUAUUUUGUAAUUGAUAACAUUUCUAUCCGUCUUAGGAUAAGAGUUCUGAGUUUGCCAAUAAGAGGUUUAUACACAUAAAUCUCUAGUCCUUUAAUAUUCUUAAUUAAGUAUGUACUAUAUAUAUGUAAUCCAUCAACUUCAAGCAUUACUACAAUACAUAUGUACAGAGAAUCGUCCAGUAAGCAGGUCUUUCUCAAACUCUCAACAAUGCAAUAUGUAUUGACCGUGUUAUUUAGUAAACAUUGAAAUUAAAACAUACAUAAGAAUAUUAGCCAGUCACGUUAAAGUUGCGACCAAAUCGUUAUAUUAUUGAUUGAUUGAUAUAUUUGUGGAUUGCAAAUUGCAAAAUCAUACAUUAGAAAUACGGGAUAAACGAAUUUGUGGGUUUAGUUUGUGCUUACAUUUUCUAUUAUCAGAAGUUUUCGAUAAUUUAAACUUGACUGAACUUUUCAAAACCUAACAGAGAGCGAACAUAGAAGACUACAUACAUUAUUUUCAACCUACACUUGGCUGCGUCAACUUCUGUACUUUUAACGUACUACGUAUAAUCUUUUAUAUAUUUCUCAAUUUUAAGGUAUUUUACCCAGAGUUUGGGAAAGGCAUCGUAUUAUCUACAUGCAAAAGACUUCCAGUUUUAAAUUUAUGGCUUAGUCUGCUGAUAAAAGAAGUCCGAAAUGCUCUUAAAAUUAUGAUGGUAUAUUGGCAGAGUACAACGGUGCCCAAAAAUUGGGCACAGCUUUGCCAUUUCGAUUUUAUCGGACUUCUAUAUUUACGUACUACUAGCAAGCAGAUAUUUCAUAGAUUUAACCAUUUUUUUUUAGUUUUAAGUGUUUUGAUAUUCGAUUUUCGGUGUUAUCGGUCGUUUCAUGCCUUGCACUGUAGCAGGCUGUAUUUUUUAGAGUUACAGUGGUUACUGUAUUAUUUAUUAAAAAUAUUUUGCCAUAAAUUAUAGCUAUAUUACAGCGCUGUUAGCUAACUUUACAAAGCGCCGGAAUUCAAGAAACGCGUGUAACAUAUUGUUCAGUAUUUCCAUAGCCCAUUCGUUUCAUAAAUUUGUUUAAAACUUCUUCUAAACAUUGUAAUAAUUGUUCUACUUAUAUAUGCGUUAUUAAACUUUUCUGUGCCCACUUUCA